AUGGAGCUUUGUAUCGAGCGUGUACCUCAUACAGCGACGGUUUACGAGGUAACAAAGCUCCUGGCCGCGCAAGCCUUACACACCGAGGCGUUCAUCGAUCGAGACGAUCCGAUGUCUCGAUUGAUGAACUUCAAAGUUUUCUUGGAACCAGCUGGCUAUGGGGUGCAGAAUAAGGGCUAUGGGUACCUCGUUCUGCCCACCGCCAAAGCCGCGGAGAAAUUCCUGCGUUUGGCUCGUGAUAAUCCCAUCCGGAUGAAUGGGAGGAAGCUCUGGUUCAGCAAAUCUGGCAAGAAGCCUACUAAGGCGAUCAUACAGCAACUCCUCAAGGCGCCCUACGUGGACCCGGAUAUUGACGAAGAGCGCCAGCGCCUGGAGACUGUGUUGGACGAGCAUCUGCGAGUCGCCAGUGUGCAAUUUGGCGUUUACCAUCGCAAAACGCCGCAAUCCAGCAGAGAGUUCUCCGUCGAAUGGAACAAAGACUUCUUGUCGAAUGGUCACGUUGCGUGGGUGAAACUGCACUAUUCGCAUAAAUGUAUGCGGGUACAGCUCGGAAACAAGGUAACGGAUGAAAUCGGUCAAACUAUUGUCGUUCGCUUCAACACGAUCAUCCGUCUUGGGUACGGCUACGACUUCGGAAAUCCUUUUGUAUGCUUUGAGCUCAGUACUCCAGCCCUAUUGGAACAGGAAGAAUUUUAUCGCGCUAUGACUGGUGAUGAUGCCCAAGACAACAGAAAUUUCAGGCAUCGUUUAGUGGGCUUGGACGAAGCACAUAAGCGAAUCGCGCCGUAUGCCCAUCAACUUCGCAUGGUCCUUGUUGACGAACCCGCACUCCGGACCUUCAUUAACCUGGCUAAAGUAGCAGGUCUGCCUAUGCCUGUUCACUGCAAACUUGAAGCAUGCGAACGCGGGUUCUACACGACGGAGCGGCUUCGGCAAGUUCAAGGCGUGUUCAAACAGAUGCAGUGGGCCGUUGCCUUUCAACUUGAGCUCCUCCUCCGGAAUCGACUACUGACGUCGGAUGAGUUGCUUUCGGACGACCUUUGGCCCAACAUCCGCAGUCUAUAUGAAAACAAUCCUCAGGCAGCCGCAGAGAUUCUGCGGAGCUUUGCUGAGGCUGUUCGCAGCCGUGCAUCCGGAGAAACACCCGGAGACUGUCUUCAGCGACUUUUACUGAAGCCAAGGACCGCCACUACGUGCCCCAGCGGCAUGUUCUCCUGCUAUCACAUCACAUUUUGUCCUUCACGGAUGAUUCUCGAGGGGCCAUUCCCGACGCAAGGCAAUCGGGUUAUCAGGGAAUACUCGGGAUACGAAGAGCACUUCGUACGGGUCGACUUCCGCGAGGAAGAUGGUUUGCAAUACCGGUGGGACAGAGAGGUUGAUUGUCGCUCCUUUCUGGCCGAGCGAGUCGGCAGGAUAUUGAAGGAGGGAUUCGAGCUUGCUGGACGACACUUUCAAUUUCUUGCUUACUCGUCUUCCGCAUUGAAACAGCAUGCAGUGUGGUUUGUUCAUCCUUUUGAGCAUCACGAAAAGGGUUCAGUGGACGCGUACAUUAUCCGUGAUCGCCUUGGUGAUUUCUCUGGGGCCAUCGACAACAAUAACGAGACACGGGAUGCGAAAACCAUCCAACUCAGAAUGCAGCCCUCUAAAUACGCUGCGCGCAUGGCACAGGCAUUCACUGCCACGGAUCCUUCUGUCCGCAUCAAUGAGGACCAAUGGCAAGAAAUACCAGAUCUAGGCAAGGAACCUCAUCUGCAUACUGAUGGCUGCGGCACGAUCUCUCGGAAGCUUGCCGACAUGAUAUGGGCCGCGUUAUGCAAGGAUCGACCUUAUUUCCAAGCUUGCAAGAGCUCUCCUGACUGCUACCAAAUUCGUUUCCUGGGCUACAAAGGUAUAGUCACCGUUGACGAGACGCUUGAGGGAGAGCAGAUGUGCUUGCGUCCCUCGAUGAACAAGUUUCGUGCCCAUAAGACACCCUCCGCGGAAAUCGAGAUCGCCAAGCCGUUUUGGAAACCAACGCAGGUCAAUCUGAACCGCGCUCUCAUCAUGAUCCUUGAGGAUAGGGGUGUCAGCUGGAAAUGCUUCAUGAAACUUCAAGACGAAGCAGUUCGGGACAUCAAUACCGCCAGCUUUUCCAUAGACAACUUCGUUCGGAUGCUUUCCGACAGAGGUGCUGGCCUGGGAUCAAACUACCGGCUCCUAUACAUCAUGAGGAAUCUUGCCGAGCUUGGCUUUGAUUUCAAGCAGCGACUCCGCGUGCAACCUCUGAGCCACCCCUUCAUCCUGCGUCUGGUCGAGUUUAUUCGGCAUCACCUCCUCCGGGAGAUCAAACAUGGCGCAAGCAUACCAUUGCGAGAUGCUUAUCUGCUGCCUGGGGUCGCUGAUGAAGGACCGGCGUACGAGGCACGGGGACACCAGAAUGUGUUCAAAUUGGCAGAGAAUCGGAUAUUUGCGUGUGUCCAGGGACCAGAUGACGUCGAACCGAAAUGGUUGAAGGGUAAUUGCGUCAUCUGGCGGAGUCCGGUCGUUCAUCCCGGCGACAUACAACGAGUGUAUGCCAUCGGAAAACCUCCCGAGGACCAGCUUUGCUUCUUCUCUCGCCUGAAGAAUGUCGUGGUACUUCCAUCUGUUGGUGAACGCAGCUUGGCUAGCUGCCUAGGCGGUGGCGAUCUGGAUGGAGACGAGUACUGCGUCAGCAUGCUUCCAACACUGCUGCCAACGGAACAGCAGCCGCCGGCUGAAUAUCCUCCUGUCGAAACCUUGACCCUGGAUCGACCUGCUGAAAUCGAUGAUAUUUGCGAUUUCAUAGUAGAAUAUGUCCAUUCCGAUGUUCUUGGCUUGUUGUCAGACAAGCACCUAGUGAUUGCCGAUCAAUCCAAGGAUGGUGUUCGUGACGAGAAAUGUCUCCGUCUCGCCGAACUGUGCAGUCAGGCUGUUGAUUAUGCCAAGAACGGCAUCGCAAUCAAUCUUGCGAAAGAGAAGCGGGCCAUGAAACAGCUCAUCCCUUUCAAACCGGACUGGCAUGCGGCAGAAAUCAUAUCCCCUAGGUCAACCGAUUACUAUGAAAGCAGUCGCGCGUUAGGACAUCUGUACCGCGAGAUCCGGUUGACUGAGCCGGAGGAAGAUUAUCCUGAAGCUCAUGGGGUUCACAACGCGAUAUCCGGUGCUCUGCGGAAAACCUUGAAACGGUUCGCGAAGACGGGUUUAUGCCUGUCAGCUGAGACCGAGGCCCCGGAUUGGGUAGCGCAGCUCUAUGAAUCCUACGUCGCGGAGAUGCGUUACAUAUGCAGCACUCAUACACUCUUGACCGGUAACGGAAAUCCGCUUGAAGAAGAAGAAGUGGUUGUUUCUACCAUCCUCGCCAAAUGCUCUCAAAAGCGCCUUCGGAAGGAGCGCGUUUUUCGCAUGAAGGAACACAAUCGCACGCUUGUCAAUGAUGUGCGUCACAAGCUAUGGAUUCAUCCUUCGCAUGCAGACAUCGAGGAGCAUCCGGACGCAAAGACGCAACGGCUUUACCGGUCGCUCGAAAGAGCGUGGACGGCAUGGUGCUUGAGUGUCAGGAAACAGCACGAGUUUGGAGCCAACAGCUUCGGGCUUAUUGCUCUCGCAAUCAUUUUCGAUUGCAAAGAAGAGCUGGAGUGUCUGAUCCUGAAGUGA